AUGACCGCGCUCACGGCGACGAUGAAGGGCCCGCGCUGCUCUGCGUGCUUGCUACAGCUCACACGGACACGGCCAUACGCGACGCACGCCCCGAAAGGGCGACCCUCUCCCGCUCGACCACCCGCGAACGAGUCGACGACAACGGCGCCAAAGUCGGUCAAGUCGCCUCUGACAGAGAUGCUCGACAUCUUUGUGCCUCUCACACACGCACAGAAGGCGUCCAUCGCCCACCAUGGAACGCCGAAGCAGCCGAGACCGCCAAAAAAGCGACCUACCCCUCCUCCUCCCUCUCCUACCCUGUCUUCCUCCGCCGCCAAGACCACCUUUGCAUCGGCCACUUCUCCCACUUCCCCUCACAAACCUGUGCAACCCCCUCCCGCGCACGCACCGAAGGACAAUGCCGGUCGCAGCACGAGCAAAGACUUCCGCGCCGUCCUCGACUCUGUCCUGCCGGCCGAGAAGGCGCACCCAACGCCAUCGCCGACCUCCCCGAAGGUCGAGAAGAAGGUCGAGGCAGAAUCGCUGCCGGUAGCGGUUGCACGGGCGAAGGAAAAGACUGUCAAGGAACGUACCAUCUUCGAGUCGUAUCUCGUCAUCCCCGCCGCAACCCGCCUCAAGAUCUGGCUCGCAGUGGGCGCAUUCGCCGCGCUCGGGCUGUACGUGGGCGACCGACUCGUGCCGGAAGAAGACGACGCGCCGCCUGAAUGGGCAGGACGGAGGGCGCCGCCGCCAGUAUCGAGGGAUGCGGCGGGGCGGGACAGGGUCGUAGAAGUUGGGCGGUAG